CGUACCGGCGGUUCGCUUCGAAAUUGUUCGAAAUAUGGCGUCUAGAAGAGUGUCUGUAGCUCCAAGUAGCCUUAAAGGUGUUUCUACAGACCCAAAAAGGAGUGGGAGUAACGCUAUCAAAGGCAGAGGGAAUGAGAAGAAAAGCGUUAAAUCAAGCGGCACAGUUAUGAAGUCUCGGUAUCUGCAAUCUGCUGAGAAGACAUCACUUUCAAAGAGUAACUCACUUACCAAUGAGUCAGUGACUGUGAUGACAACAACAAAGGCCUCCUCACCCAAGCCCAGUAGUGUCAAACCAAAGGUGGGCACGUCACCAAGACGCUCAAUGGCCCCACAGGCUCUGUUAGCAUCUAAGACGUUACAUGAACUUGAACCUUCGAUUCUUGGGAAAAGUGUUCUGCAGUCCACUUUCACAGAUGGACACUGCUCUCGCCCAGAUUUUGAUAUCUCUGUCAUCAAAGACAAAACUGUGUUAGAAAACAAAGUAGAACCUGACCGAAACCCAGAGAAUGACAAGAGGAUCAUUGAGAUGCAAGCAUUCCUACUGUCCUACCUCACAGCUAAGAUUGAGAGUAACACUGCAAAGCUCAAGGCUGAGGCAGAGGCACGGAUCCUGCAGGAGAUGGAAAAACUAGAGUUGCUGCAUCAUGAGGUCCAAGAGAAGAAACGUCAAUAUGUCUUAUUGGAGAAAGAGAGGCUUGUGAAUGAACUGCUGGAUUUGCAGAUUUCUGCACUGACUCCUGUAGCAGAAGCUGCCGAACAGUUCACCAAGGAGUACAAGUCUUUUGCUACAGCUGUUGAUACCACUCGGCAUGAGCUGCCGGUCAAGAAUUUCCACAUUGAAGGCGACCGAAAAGAAUUUUUAGAUAAAGCUGAAGCCUGCCUGAAAGAGAGUGAGAAAUUGCUGCAGGAGUGCACCCAUGGAGAUCCAGAGGACAACAGUACUUGCCUGGAUUGUCUUAGGUAUAUAAAGACAUCAUCAAAGGACAUCAGUCAGCAGCUUUCAGGGGCAUUGUCAGAGCUGAUGGAGCUGUCAUCAUUGAUCUGCCGCCAUACCAUCCACAUCCAGCAGUCGCUGGAGGAAGAACAGCUCGGCGCUGUCAGAACCCAUGAGCUCUACUGCCUCAAACAGUGAACGCCGCCACACAGCAUGGAGUACACAGUACAUGCACUUUAGAUAUCUGCUCCACAAAAGUCACAUUUUGGGGUGUAAUUUUACUCUUUUUUUUUUUU